AUGGCUCCUUCGGUUUCCAAGACCUCGCUUGUUUUGUUGGCCGCUCAUCUCCUGGGUGUUGCCGCGGCGGAUAACUGUACCCUGGCCAGCUUCAAUGCCACACUUGGUGGACGGGUCCAGUCAUUGAAGCCGUUCUCAUUGCCGUGCUUCUCGCAGUACAAUGAUGUCUCUACGGAUCCAGAUGAAGCAGCAUGCAGUGUGAUCCAGAGCAAUUACAGCGAUCCUUUCCUGCGUGCCAAUUCCGCCAAUGGCUACAUGUAUAAUCAGGCCGAAAUAUGCGCAUCCGACCCAGCCAACCAAUGUCUACUUGACAACUUAGAUCCGACCAAUCCACAAGCGCUCAGGACCUCAUGUAAUCAAGGAAAUACGCCUUCCUUCUCGCUGGAGGUUCAGGGGCCAAAGGAUGUGGUCGAGGCUUUCAGAUUCUCAAGUUGCUCAGGAACCCGUCUGUCAAUCAAAAAUAGCGGCCAUGACUUCCUGGGCCGUAGCAGUGGUCAAGGAACUCUCUCUUUGUGGACUCGACACUUGCAGUCCAUGCACUACAACCCUGCUUUUAUUCCCACUGGUUGUAAUGCUACCUCGAGAUACGAUACGAUUACUGUGGAAGCAGGUGUGAAUUUCGAUGAGGUCUACAACUUUGCCCAAUCGCAUAAUGUCACUUUCAUCGGGGGUUAUUCGCCGACAGUAGGUGUUAGCGGGGGCUGGACACAAACUGGAGGCCACAGUAUCCUAUCGCCUGUCUAUGGUUUGGGCGUGGAUAGGGUUGUCCAAUACAAGAUUGUGACGCCUGACGGCCAGUAUCGGAUUGCCAACGAAUGUCAAAAUCAGGAGCUCUUCUGGGCUCUGCGGGGUGGUGGUGGUGGCACCUUUGGUGUGGUGAUGGAAAGCACCCAUCGUGUUGAGCCACAGGUGAGCAUAGUCUCUGCCUCGAUCAAGUUUCCCCUGAAGGCGAAUUCAAGCAACGUUUUACCAUUCCUCGAUAUCUUGGUGAACAAUGCUGUCAAGUGGGCCCACGAGGGCUGGGGCGGCCAUAUCAGCGGCAACUCAUUCAUCAAUGUCACGCCAUUGCUGUCUUUGUCUGAAGCCAAGGAUUCCCUGGCUGAGACUGUCGCCUACGCGGAGUCCCAGGGUGGCACUGCAAUUAUUGAAGAAUUCCCGUCCUGGUAUGAGUUCUACCAGAAAUAUGUCGUUCCCAACGCGGUCACUGUGGGCAACGCUCACUUCGCGGCAACGCGACUCAUUCCGCAAGCAGUGUUUGAAACGGCCACGGGUCGUGCAGGUCUUAUGAAGUUUUUCUCAGUGCUCCUGUCGAAAGGUGGAAGCGUAUACAUCCCCGUGGUUGGACCUCUACUCUACAAAGACGUCAAACCCAAUUCUGCGACCCCAGCCUGGAGAGACGCCAUCUGGUCUGUCGGCGCUGACGGCUUUUGGACAUGGAAUAGCACUCUCGAAGUGCGGGAGCAGAAAGUGGCUGAGAUGCAAGAUAUGACAGCGCUUCUCGAAGAGAUCACUCCAGGUAGUGGUGCUUACAGUCCCGAGGCCAACCCCUUCACCAAGGAUUGGCAAGAGUCCUGGUGGGGUAAUGAGAAUUAUGGCAAGUUGCUGAAGAUAAAGAAAAAGUAUGAUCCGAAUGGACUGUUGAGCUGUUGGAAGUGCGUUGGCUGGAAGGAAUCCGAUGCGCAGAGCUCCUGCUUUGCGGCGUUCAACUAA